AGAAUGAACAUUGAUAUAAAAGUUUAGAGCAGUGGCAUGUUCCAUUUAGUCCUCGUUCUCACUCACUCGCGCGCGCUCCAUACAUAUACAUGGCCAUGCUUUCGCUCGCUCUCACUCUCAACUGCUCCAGUAGUACCGCAUAUUCUGCUGCUACCAUCACCACUCUCCCUCACAGGAGUAGAUAUAGGCAUGGCACAUGUUCUUUUGCCAAGAAGUCGUUGAAGAAAUCCAAAAGAGAAGGACCAGAAGCAUUUGUAGAUCUCUCGGAUGACAAAUUUGUUCAAAAUGACAACUUUUUGGACACUUCUCUUAAUCCCCCUGAUCAGAAUGCUAACCCUAUUCCUUCCAGGACUGCUGUGCUUCAGGCGUGCAUAAUAACUUCCGGUCUCAUAGCUGCUUUCGGGACAGUGAUUCGCCAGGUGUCUCAUGUCGCGUCAAUAGAAGGAUUGCCAAUCUUGGACUGCUCUACAGAAGUAUCAUUUGGUUUUGAAAUGUGGCAUCUUGGGUUGAUGACAGGACUUGUAGUAUUAAUUUCAUCAAGCCGCUAUUUGCUAUUGAAGAUUUGGCCAGAAUUUGCUGAGUCCAGUGAAGCAGCCAAUAGACAGGUCCUUAGCUCACUCCAACCUUUGGACUAUAUUGUCGUUGCAUUUUUGCCAGGAAUUAGUGAGGAACUACUUUUCCGUGGUGCGAUUCUGCCACUUUUGGGAAUGGAUUGGAAGAGUAUUGGUGUAGCUGCUUUUAUCUUUGGUGUUUUGCACCUAGGCAAUGGUCGAAAGUAUUCCUUUGUCAUCUGGGCAACCUUUGUUGGUCUUGCUUAUGGAUAUGCCACAGUUUUAUCAUCUAGCAUUGCAGUUCCCAUGGCUUCUCAUGCAGUGAACAACCUUAUAGGAGGGCUUUUAUGGCGGUACACAUCAAAGCGGAAAUAAAUUGAGCUUGGUAGCACUGACCAACACAUGUCAAAUUCCAACACGGCAUCGGCAUAUGUGAUUAUAUUCAAUUAAUUUAUUUCCUAAAAUUGUUACUUGUGUCACUGUUAGCAUCGUGUCCAUAUCUAUAUCAGUUUUUCAUAGGAAAUGAGUCAUUAUCAUCUUCCAUCUCAAUAUAGAUAACUUUACCACAUCUAACAUUAUUCAACUAAUAGAAUUAUGAUGCAUAGAUUCAGGUCAUAUAGAGACCAAUCCAAGAGAUGUGUUGGCAAAUGCAGCAAUUAUUGGCAGCAAAUGCUUUCUCCAUUUUCUAAAGAAAACUUAUAUUCAAGUCUGUAAUUGUAUAUUCUUACUUUGUAGAUUUUUGUUGUAAUUAUGUGCAUGCAAACUAUUUGCCAUAAAUAGAUAACUAGAUCAUUGGCUAUGUUAAUGCUGUUAUUACGUGUUUGUAUCAAUGAGUUUCCCAUAUUUAGAAAA